AUGAUACUGAAUAUCUUAUUUCUUAUUAUUUUCCUCUUACUCCCUUUUUCUCGGGCAAUCCUGUUCUUUUCAUUGUGUCUCCACAUAUUUUCUACAACUUUCUUUCUUCUAAACACAUCACCCAGUUCAUCUUCUUUCUUUCUUUCUUUCUUUCUUUCUUUAUUUCUUUCUUUCUUUCUUUCUUUCUUUCAUUUUGUUUUUUUUUUCCUUUUUCUUUCUUCCUUUCUUUUUUCUCACUCUUCUAAACGCACCACCCAGUUCAUCUUUUCUUUCUUUCUUUCUUUCUUUCUUUCUUUCUUUCUUUCUUUCUUUCUUUCUUUCUUUCUUUCUUUCUUUCUCACUCCUCCAAUACGAAUUCAUUUAAUACCUAUUUUUUUUUCUUUUUUCGUUCUCUUUUUCUUUUUCUUUCAUAAACCUGUUUCUUUAUUUUUCUCUUUUUUCUUUUCUUCCUUCUUUUUUUAUCCCCACUCCCCGAUUUUUUCUCUCACGAACAGUACUUACGCAUUUAAAAGUAUACGAAGAUUCAAGUUUUUAUUCCUUAAAAAUAUUUUUUCCGCUCUUCCCUCAGCUAUUUAUUUUUCGUUCAAUGUUUUCUUUCAUUUCUUCCUGAAAUUUAAAAAAAAAAAACGUUUUUAUUUUAUUUUAUUUCUUUCCCGUUUUCAUUUUCCCCACGUAUUUACGCGCCCUUUCUUUCAUUUACACUCGUCGACUGUCUUUUUUAUCCGCCAUUGA